AAAGUUCUUUUUUUGCUCGCUGCUACUGGUCAAGUGACCUAGCUAGCUAUGAAGUUCACCCACACCUUUCGUGCAAGUCAAGACGUGUUUUUCAUUCAAAGUUCCACCCAGGAUGUGCCCAGCAUUGAAGACAGACACAGAGAUACUGAGGACAUCAGAGGAUGCCUAUGAGAGACUCAUCCUGCACCACCUACAGCACUAUGGACUCUUUACAAGCACAGAUAAUUCUUUCCAAGGCAACCUCUUAAGACAAAGAUGGAGGAAUUCCCACCACCCCGGCUCCAUCCACCCAGGCACCCACUCCUCUGACAGCAAUAAUUCCAACAUGGAGGAUGAGGAGCAGGAGCCUGGCAGGAGGGCAUUCACCUUGCACCUGGGACAGGCCCUCAGGACCAGGCAGCUGGUGAUAGAUUUUGACGGGGAGCGUCCCAUCCCCCGGCUUAGGGAGCCCCUGGACCUGUUUGCCAUCCCCUCCACCCCUUUCCAGGGGGUCCGCUGGCCCAUUGAGUAUGAGGUCUUCAAGGAAGCCAUACACCACAUAGAGUGGGACCCUCCAGACCCAGAGCCGUUCUACCAGCCCACGGGCCAUGAGAGGGCCCCCAUGCCUGUCAGGGAGGAAAAGGGGAACGUAGUUUACUGCAUUGACCCAGGCACAAAGACCUCCUACUUCACCUACUCUCGUGUGGGAGGAAGCCGGGGGCCCAUCAAGAGGUCCACCUCUUGUGCAAUGCAUCAGGACAAGUCCACCCUGGCCUUUGAGUCACGCUUUGAGAGCGGCAACCUGCAGAAGGCAGUUCAAGUCGGUGUCCAUGACUAUGAGCUCACCCUCCGCACCGACAUGUACACCACCAAGCACACACAGUGGUUCUACUUCCGGGUCAGAAACAUGAAGGCGGGGGUCAACUAUCGCUUCACCAUAGUCAACCUGAUGAAGGCUAGCAGCCUGUACUGCCUGGGCAUGAGGCCUCUGCUCUACUCUGAAAGAGCCGCCUGGGAGAAGGGAGAGGGCUGGCGCCGAACUGGCUCCAACAUCAGAUACUACCGCAACCAGCACCACCAGGCUGAGCAGGACAACAACACAACCACCAACACAAAGUCCCUACACUCCCUUACCUGGACCAGCCAGUUCCCCUACGACUUUGACACCUGCUAUUUGGCCCACUGCUACCCCUACACCUACUCCCACCUGCAGCGCUACCUCAGCCGCCUCACCUCCAACUCGGCCACCGGUGCCUACUGCAAGCUGCGGGUGCUGUGCCGCAGCCUGGCCGGCAAUGCUGUGCACGUGCUGACAGUGACAUCACCAGGAGGGGGGUGGAUGGAUAGGAGUGCCAAGCGAGCGGUGGUGGUUACAGCCAGGGUGCACCCCGGGGAGACCAACAGCUCCUGGAUGAUGCAGGGCUUCCUGGACUUCCUGCUGGGAGAGUCAGACGACGCCAGGCUGCUGAGGGAGACUUUUGUGUUUAAGGUGGUGCCCAUGCUGAACCCAGACGGGGUGGUUGUGGGGAACUACCGCUGCUCUCUGGCCGGCAGGGACCUGAACAGGAACUACAAUACCCUGCUGAGGGACUCCUUCCCCUGUGUCUGGCACACCAAGAACAUGGUCAAGAGACUGAUGGCUGAGAGGGACGUGGUGUUGUAUUGUGAUUUCCACGGUCACAGUCGUAAGAACAACGUCUUCAUGUAUGGCUGUACCAACAGCGAUGACGCCACACAACGGCUCCAUGAGAGAGUCUUCCCGCUCAUGAUGAGCAAGAACGCCAAUGACAAGUUCUCGUUCAGGAGCUGUAAGUUCAGGGUUCAUCAGAGUAAAGAGGGAACAGGACGCGUCGUCAUGUGGAGGCUAGGCAUCAAGAACAGCUACACCAUGGAGUCCACCUUCGGAGGCUCCACUCUGGGGAACAGGAAGGGGACCCAUUUCACCACCAGGGACCUGAAGUCUCUGGGGUACUACUUAUGUGACACACUGCUGGACUACUGUGAUCCCGACCCAACCAAGACCAGUCACUGCCUAGCUGAGUUGCGGGCGAUGUUAAGGCAGGAGGUCAGAGAGAGGCUGGGCCGGGAGGUCGACUCUGAUGGAUCUCUCAGCGUCUCCAUUUCUGACAUUGAGUCCAGUACCAGCGGCUCAAACAGCACAGAGUCUGAUGGCCUGCCUGUCCAUCUACUGAACCAAAUUGAUGAGCAGAGCCAAGCGAAGAAAAAGCACCUGAGGAGUGGUAAGGAGAGGAACAGACUGAGACAGGAGAGAGUGAGGAACGUCGACCCAAAGGUCCUCCACAGGAACGUCAAGAACAUAGACCCUGUGCUACCCACUGAGGACAUGGUGAAGGUGAGGAUCCAGGAAAAGACGGUGGCCGUGGUCAGAGAGAAGAAGAAGAGAGAGGUGCCGUUUGUGGUGACAGUGAGCCGUCAGACAGGACGCUCCUGGAUCCCCCAUCCCACCACUCGCAUCGGGGUCAUAGGCCAUGUGACCCUCUGGCAGGAGGAGGAGUCAGAGAAGAAUGAAUACCUGGAUGCUGUAAGGGCUGCAUACCUGAGUACUCAGCCACCUGUCACAGAGGAGCCGGAGGAGGAGCGGCUGCAGUAUUGGAGUCCCCAGCUGCAGUUUGGCUCCUCCCAGGCCCCGCGGCCGGGACCUCAGCGUCACCCCUUAUCUUUUACAGCCGUACAGCAACGCGGCUUCUCUGUGCCUGUGCCCACCUCGAAGAUCAGGGUUCACACCACCCCCAUUCAGCAGCAACCCAUGCCCUUCAGCCCCGAUCACAGAAGCCACGCUGGGAUGAGAGAGAUGUUCGAUCAGUAUGAAUGCUGUUAUUACUCUUGUCUUUCAGAGAGGAUGCCUGCUUUACACACCAGGUCUCCCCCAGUAGUUCCGGGCAUGCAGUGCAGGGUGGUCCCUGAGUUCAUCCCGCCACAAGGCCUGGAGCCCUGCCGCUCUUCCAACGUCUACCCAGCCAAGUCCCACCACCAGUGGCCGCGCCCAGAGAAACAAGGCCACGCAGCCCGGGUCUCCAUACGCUACUACAUGCCAGAGGCUCCAACCUCUAACACAGAUGCCCUGGAGACCCUACGGAGGAGCCCAGAAAGGGACUGCACAGCAGGUGUAUCAGACGCUAUGCCUGUGGGUGAGCAGGACCAGAGUGGACCUCAAGCAGCCUUUGAGAAACCACCGAGUAAACCUGGGACAGACGGUAACUCCUUCCUGCCAGACCUGAGGCACAUAGACUUCAGAGGGAAAAGCCAUGGCCGUAUAUGGGGAGACCAGGCAGGGGCUGGAGUACAGAGGCAGGGCCCCUCAAAGAGAGAGCCACUGAGAGGGGGAGAAGGCAGGCGUGUGUGUGGAGGAGAUGCAGCAGCAAGGCGUGUGAAAAGCAACCACAGGUUGGCCCAACAGACAUUGCAAGAGGAGGAUAAACAGGAAAUGGGCAUUUUACCCCAGAUGUCCUCGACCACCCACACCAAGAUAGAUCAUCCGCCCCGACAGCUAGACAGUCUACGUAGGCUCCAGAAACUCAGCCUGGCCAAUAACUCCAGGUUCCACUCCAGUGGGAGAGGGGCGGAAGCAGGGACAGGGAUGGAUCUGGAGAAGAGGAUGGUCGCCAGACCGUCAGGGUCUGCCCCUCCUCGCAGUACAGCACCUUUGAGCUGAGAACCAGGCAGAGACACACAUUGGCAAAUGUACCAGACAGACUGCUGAUAUGAACCCUGAAGAUGGGCGGAGACUAUAGGGAGUUUCUGCUCUAUUUUGACCACAAAAAGAUGUACAGCACAUUGCCUUUCAGGUGGAUAUYGAAAUUACAUGUAUUUUUGCCUUGAUUGUGUACCUUUCUUAUUUGAUGAGUCUACAUGUCACUUUAAAUCUAACUGAACUGUUUUGCAUACUUUUUAUAAUAUUUUGUAUCCAUUUUUCAUCAUGUAAAUUAUUUAUUUUUCAUUUCUCAAAUUGGGGCAUAAUCAGAUUGAGUCACUCCCAAUGCAGAAGUUAUUUCUGUUAAUCAAGAGACAGCUCAUCAUUGAUCAUAAAGUAUCAUAUAACAUCA